GUCUGAAAUAUUUAGAUGCGUUUGCAUCUUGAAAUACCAGUCACAAUGGAGUCUUCCUGCAGCAUGUCGUCCUGUGAGUCUCUGUACUCGGUGGAGAGCGGUCCUGGCGAGGAGGAGGAUGAAGGCUCAGACGUGGGUGUCUUCCUGUCUGGCAGCGAGAGCGAGGCAGAGAAGGAGCAGGAUGGCUCCUUGAGCCCUAGAGCCACCCCAGAUGAGAGGGGCCUGUUCUCAACCAAGGCCCCAUGGACUAGUCCCAGCAGGCUGUGCCCGGACCGCCAGCACUGGAUGCUGGGCUCUGCCGGGCAGCGUCACUGGUACCCCCCUGCCCGUGCAUGCCUGACGGACAGGGUAAACGGCCUGCCCGGCAGGCGUCUAAGCCAGCAGAGGUUGGAGAGUGGCCGCAAGCGCUUGAUGCGUUCAGAGGGGCUGAGGGGGAGCCCUGAAUACACUGCCACGAUGCCAGCCCAUGGGAUGAAGAGGCAGAGGAGCAGGGAGGCGGAGGCCAGGCAGGAGCCAGGGGCAGCCUGCACUGAAGGGGACCGUCUGUUUGCACAGAAGUGCCUGGAGCUCCAGGGCUUCAUCCGGCCUCUCAUGGAGCUUUUGAAUGGGCUGAAGAUGGGCCGCUAUGAGAAAGGUUUAAGCAGUUUCCAACAGAGUGUGGCCAUGGACAGGAUCCAGCGGAUCAUUGGGGUGCUGCAGAAGCCGGAGAUGGGGGAGCGAUAUCUGGGCACCCUGCUGCAGGUGGAGAUGAUGCUCAAGGUUUGGUUCCCUCGUGUCGCCUUGAAGAGCUCCUGCCCUGAGCACGGCACCCAGGAGGAGACCUGCAAGCCAGCCAAGCCCCAGUCCAGGCCCCCUGUGGCAGGCAGCCACCCAGGCAAGUGGGCAGCUCGCAGCAGCAACCCCGUCCAGAGUCCUGCUGUAGAAACAGCCCAGCGACCAGACCCUGCGGCAGCAUGGAAGGAGCAGGCCCGGCUCCUGGCGGACUGGUCCGCCAUGAACUUGACAUGGAUGCACACCUCUCCCAUCUGCAACCCACCCCUGGGCCCCUGGAACAGUGCCAUGGGGCAGGCUGUGCUCGGCCUCAACGCCAGCGCCUACAGUGUCAUCCUCUUCCUCCACAACAACCUGCUGGCCCCCAGCUCCCUCCUCCGCUCUGCACCUGCCACCCCAGACAAGACGUCACCAGCCUGCUGCCACCCCAAGCAGCCUCCAGGGACCACGGAGCCCCCACGAUGCCAGAGCCUGCCUGGGGCCAUGGCAGCCAGAAGCAACGACCUGUUGGGGCCGCGCUCGAGCACCUACUCCAAAUCUCUGCCUCACUUGCCCAAGUCCAGUAAAGAGUCCAAGAAAGCAACUGGUUGGACUGGGAGCUCAGAUCUGGGACUGUUGGCUGCAGGGAUACCGGCGGGCAACUGUUGAUGCCCUGUUCCACACAGUUCCCCAGAUCUGUGAAUUCUUCUUUUUUUUUUUUUUUUUGUAAUUAUUAUUAAUAUUAUUAUUUCUGCCUGGUUUUUUUUUUAAGUGAGAUAUUUCACGCGUGUGUACUGUCCUGAGCAGCUCUUGCAGCCAGGAGGAAGGAGAUAUAACUGUAUUAAAGGGCUUCAAGCCACAUCUGUGCCCAGAUCAGUGCAUGGGGCUGAAAUAGUGAUAAAUACAGGAGGACAGGAACAUAGAGGGGCACUGUUUCUCCCCUUCCUGCCACUCUGUGAAUGCCCUUUCCCUUAGUAGCAUAGCAGUAACACUGUUCCCUCAUCAGAACUAGUUGUAGAGCCUCAUAAGCAAGGUGGGAAGCAUGGCAGGCUACAAACAUGUUGCAUUUAUCCUGGAAUGAACCAUUCUAUCCCAGGGCAAAGUGUAGUUGUUCAGAUCACUGUCCCAGGACAAACCCUAAAGGUUCAUGGGAAAAGUGCUAACAGUUUAUCCUGGGACUUCAUGAAGUAUGUCUGCACGGUUAUCCUGGGAUCGCAUCAUUGAAUCUAUGGCAGGAAAGCAGCAGUGAAUUUAGCCUCUAAACCCAGAUUUAGAAGGGCAAUGGGGUAGACACAAUCCUGGGAUAGUUCUGUUCCACGACAAACACGGGCACAAUUUAUCCAGGACCAAAUGCAAUGUCUGUUCCUAGCAUUUUCCAGCAGGGACAAGACACAAAACUAGGGUCUCUUGGGGUCUAAUUACAUCUCUUGCUGUUGGGACAAGCUCUUUAUUCCUAUUCCUCGCUUUGCCUUGUUGAAAGACACAGACAGCUUGGGUGCCAUGCUGUUAUCCAGCUAACGAGUUGCUGCUGGCUCCUAACGAUCUGUGAGCUGUGACACGUCUCUCCCCUCCGGCUUCCAUAAACCCUGGUUGCUAGAGGCAUGUUUUGCACUGAACGCCUGUAGAACGCAAAGCUGUUAUGUAAGGGAGGCGUAGCUGUGCUUGUCUUCAUCGCGUUCCCCUGGCAUCACACACCCGCUUUGUGACUGGGGAAGGCACCCGCCCCCUUCAUGUGGCUCAGUGAUGAUCACCCCAUAGCUGGCAUAUGGCCUAUUCUGUUCUUGGUCUUGAGUUAAGUAUUUUUGGUUGUCCUGUUUUGCAAGACCCCAGCUUCAGGUCACUUUUAUCCCCAGCUUGCACUGGCAGCUCAGAGUAUCCCCAGAUAACAGAUCGCUAUGUCACUGGCCUUUGAGGGGCCUUUCAGCAGCUGGAGUUAGUCUUCCACAUCAGGCCAGCCUGGCUCUCACAGCAGGCUGGGGUCACAGCAGUGGGCAUGAAGCCCAUGGAGGGGCAGGAAAGAAAAACAUUUUGCCAGGUCCCUGCUAUCAGUCCAAAGAAGAACAUUUUGCCAGGUCCCUGCUAUCAAUCCUAACCUGGUUUGAACUGAGCUAAUUAGUGCUGCUCAGUGCCUUAUUAACUGACUACUUUCUCUUCCAAACAAGCCUCCAGAAAGCUCCCUCGCCCGUUAAGGCAAGAAACCUCCCCCAGUUCAGACAGGCAGCUGCUUGCUAAGGUUGGCCUGCCAGAGCCAGCAACAGCUGGGCUGCGCUGCAGGCUGGUCUUCAAGCUGUUUGAUUGAAGGAGCGAUGGGAAGGCUUCGUUCUUGUUCUGGGGCUGGGAACACGGUGUAUUAUGGAUCUCUCAAACUGCAGGGCAUGAAAUGCCUUGCUCGCAUGUCUUGAAGGGGGAAGCAUCCUGUGCUUGGUUUUCAUGUGCUAGAACAUAGCUUUUUUUGUGAGCAAUAGUACAUGCUCUCAAUGACUGGCAGCCUGUUGGAGACAGCUUCUAUCAAAAGCUAAACCAGUGGCUCUUAACCGUUUUUUUUUAGAUGCCAGGCACCCCCUUGGAAAAUGUCAGCGCUUAGUUUGCACUUGAUUUUUGACUGAAGAAAAAUACCAGGGCAAUUCUGUUGGAAAGAAUUCAGCAAAGCCACAGCAGGGCAAAAGGGUUUUAACACUACAGAUUCCUAUUUGAAAUCUCUGUGCUUAUCUUGUGAAUUAUGUUUGCACGUCUAAUAGUGCUAAUGCACCCUUGGAAGCAUCUCCAGGCACCCUGGUUGAGAGCCACUGAGCUAAACCUUGUUCAGACGUCCCUUUUGGGGAGCUCCUUGAUCAAAAUCACUGGCGUGAGGCCAGCCGUCUCACUGAAAAGAAGGCCCUUUUAAAGUGUUCAUGCUC